ACUACAAGUCCCAUAAUACAGUGUGGCACGUCCUAUAAUUGUGACGUAAUUUUGGCGCGUCUCGCCGAGUUGGAGCAGAAGAAACUGUUGUGGUUUACGCUCCUCUGGACGUUCAUCGCUGGUCCUUAAACGGUGAACGGCAGGGAUGUCUCAACAACAACAACAAACUGUCCCCACCGCCCCAGAUUCACCUGCGCUGGUGGUCACAACCAACGUGCAGAAAUAUGCCAUAAAGAAGAAGAAGGUCCUCAGUGCUGAAGAGAUGGAGUUGUUUGAACUCACUCAGGCUGCAGGCAUCACCGUGGAUCAGGAGGUCUUUAAGAUCAUAGUGGACCUGCUGAAGAUGAAUGUGGCCCCUCAGGCAGUGUUCCAGACUCUGAAGGCCAUGUGUGCAGGCCAGAGAGUGGCUGAAAGCUGCGGUGCCGAGUCUUCUACGGUCUCCCACACUACGAGCAUGACCACAGCACCUACAGAGGCCAGAGAAGAGGACUCUUUGGUCUCUGGAAAGAGCCCUAAGCCUCCUGCAGCUCCCCCAUCAGCUUCGGGCCCCAGAGCCACAAGGGUCAACACUAAGAUUGUGGUCUACGGCCCCCAAGACGCUAGCUCUCCUCACUCUCAAGCGGUGCGCAGUAAAGCAGCAGCGAGUCACAGUGAGAAGAGCAGGGAGGCUUCCAGCCAGCGAGUGCAGCGGCAGCCCAGCGCCACCAGAGGGCAGAAAACCAAGAGCUCCGGCAGCAGCAGCUCCUCCUCACAGAUAAACUCUACAUAAGACUCAGGUCACAGACACCUGUAAAUAUGUAGGUUUGUUUACAUUUAAUUUAUGUGUGUUUAACUGUGUUUACUGGUUCACCGAAAUGACUAAUAUGUAAAUAAAUAUAUAUGUUUUGUCUCUUUAAGAAAAUUUUGAUUUAAUUUCCUUGGGUUUGAGAUGAUUUGUGCCUCUGAUAGAAAUUUUGUUGACAGCAUGAAUGGACAAGUCAAAGAUUCAGCAGUCUUCCUAGCAAUAAUGCCUUUGUUGUAGCAGCUGUUUCCAGCUAGAAUAGUGAUUGACCACAUUAACAAUGUCUAGACUGUAUUUCUGAUUAAUUUAAUGUCUUCAUUGACAAAAGAAAAGCAGUUUUUCUUUCAAAAAUAAAGACAUUUCUAAGUGACCAUG